GGGUAGUCCAUAUGUAUGAUAUGGUGACUGUAGGUGGAAAGGAUAACGCUUUAGAGCCAGGAAACCAAAUUGCUACUUCGAUGCCCAGUGCGCUUGACCUUUGGACCCCAAAAUCGAUAGGGAACAUCUUCAUCCCAUGGGUAGUCCAUAUGUAUGAUAUGGUGACUGUAGGUGGAAAGGAUAACGCUUCAGAGCCCGGAAACCAAAUUGCUACUUCGAUGCCCAGUGCGCUUGACCUUUGGACCCCAAAAUCGAUAGGGAACAUCUUCAUCCCAUGGGUAGUCCAUAUGUAUGAUAUGGUGACUGUAGGUGGAAAGGAUAACGCUUUAGAGCCCGGAAACCAUAUUGCUUCUUCGAUGUCCAGUGUGCUUGACCUUUUGACCCCAAAAUCGAUAGGGAACAUCUUCAUCCCAUGGGUAGUCCAUAUAUAUGAUAUGGUGAUGGUAGGUGGAAAGGAUAAUGCUUUAGAGCCCGGAAACCAUUGCGUCUACAGACGGACGGACGGACAACCUGAUUCCAGUAUCCCCCCCCCCCCCCUUCACAACUUGUUGCGGGGGGUAUAAUUAUCAAAACGAUUAAAACAUAGAAUAAAUUUAACCACAAAAGAUAAUCUCACUUACCUUUUUCAAGUUUGAACUCUAUUUUUAGUAACAACUUUUUGCUGUAGCGCCCAUAUUCGACAAAGGUCGGACUUCAAAAAACCUAGUGCAUAACUUCAAUAUAUAUACUUACUUUCUGAAAAGUUUCAAGGUUGUACAUAAAAAACUGUAGGAGGAGUUGAUUUCACAAAAUUUCCCCAAACGCCCGCCCACCCAACCACCUACCCGCCCGCACUUCACCAUACUGUAGACCGGAUUUGCACUUCGUGCAACCCGGCCAAAAACAUGCAUAUUAGUGAUUGAGCUAGGUAGUUUGAUCAAAUGCAUUGAAAAUAACUAAAUGUUAACAAAAGAGCACAUAAUAUUUACAAAAAAAAAAAAAAAAAAAAAAUUCAAAAUGCAUUUCAAUGAUGGUUUGAAGUUAAUAUUACUCCUUUUUUACAUUAAUACUUCAGUGAUUUUUGAUAAGGCAUAGAUAAAUUUUUGUAAGCCUUAAUCGAUAAGGAAAUUAUGUCAUCUUAUUAUUUUAUUUCGUAUUUUUUUUAUUUUAAGUUAUUAUUAAGUAUUAGUUUUUAAAAAAAUUGUUAGAAUUAAUAAUUGUGCAAAACUAAGUUCCAUUUGGGUUCUAUUGGGGUAUUUCGAUUUUCAGGGGCUUUGCCUUCUAGAACCCCAUCAGGACUUCACCCUGGACCCACAAGGAUGUUAAUGACACACCCAGCCGUUUACUGUGCCCUCUACCUGUUCAGAAAUUUCUGGAUCCUCUACUGUAUACGGGCGUUCUUCAAUCCGGAAUUUAAGUGUCCGCACAUGGACGGUUUUAUUGUAAAUUUGUUUUGGUUUUCGCGGUUAUGUCCCAUGCACAGGUGUGUGCACAGGUAUACUAGGUAAUCGCCAGGAAAACAAUAAAAGAGUAUAUUGGUAAUACAACACUCCUACACGAAUGGUGUAGCUGUGGAGUUUAUAAGUUAUGAUGGAUAAAGUCGACCAAAACGUGUUAUUCCAGUUAUGAAGUGGAAAACUAAAUGAAUUCCCGAUGAGACGAUGUCCCGUUUUUCGCGGUUAAUUCCACGAUUUUUGAGAGGAGACAACAAGUCCAAAGGUUCCGUUUUCAGGGAUGGUGGAUCUGUAGAGAAACCCAGGGAUGGACCUGUCUGCCGAAUUCUCUUCUUGGACGACACGGACCUGCAUCUCUCAUUCAAGGGAAGUGCCAAAUCCUCCAAUUUGCUGGAAAAGGUGUUUGAUCACCUGAACCUUGUGGAGAAGGAUUACUUUGGUUUGCGAUUCUUGGAUCAAUCUGAUCAAACGCAUUGGCUAGACCCACAGAAAGCUCUUUCAUCACAGUUAAAGUCAUGCAGUCAACCUUACACUUUAUAUUUUGGUGUCAAAUUUUAUCCCCCUGACCCUUGCAAAUUAAAGGAGGAAAUUACCAGAUACCAGUUCUUUCUACAAAUAAAAAGAGAUAUUCUUCAGGGGAGAUUACCCAUAACCUUUGAUGAAGCUGCAGAGUUAUUUGCCUUUGCUGUGCAAGCUGAGAUCGGUGAUUACAACCCCAGAAUUUGCUAUGACGGGUAUGUCUCAGAAUUCCGUUUUGUCCCAAAUCAAACUCAGGAGUUGGAGGAGCAAAUCUCCAGAUUUCAUCAGCAUCUUGGUGGGAUGAGUCCUGGUCAGGCAGAGUACAAAUUCCUGGACAAAGUCAAAUGGCUAGACAUGUAUGGGGUGGAUCUGCACUCUGUGCUGGGUGAAGGGAACAUGGAAUAUUUCCUUGGUCUUACUCCAACAGGAAUUGUUGUGUAUAAAAACAAGUCAAAAGUUGGAAAUUACUUCUGGCCAAGAAUAACGAAAGUCACUUUUAAAGGAAAAAUUUUUAUCAUCAAAGUCAAAGACAAGAAUAAUGAUGAACACACGUAUGCUUUUGACGUGGCCACAAAGACAAGGACCAAACACUUGUGGAAGUGUUGUGUCGAGCAUCACACCUUCUUCAGAAUUAACCAGUUAGCUGACACCCUAGCUCUCUCUUCCAAACAAUUUCGACACGGAUCCAGACGGAGUGGUAGAAAUGACAGACAGAACAACAAUGAUAUAAGACAGCAGCCAUCAGUUUCUAGGAUACCAAGCAGACGACAGCCGACAAGGAGCAAAUCGGAUUCCAGACUAAAUGGAGGAAAGGCAGGUUCGUAUUACAGUGCUAUCAAUGAUACCGCUGUCACCAGAGUGGUGGCCCCUGAACCAGUCAAAGGAUCUCGUCACAGAAGUCUGCCAGAUUUACAAAGAAAUCACUCCCCCAGAAGCACAAGGAGUGCUCCCUGGGAAAAAGAUGGGGACACUGGGCUAUAUACAUCGGGCCGUGAGUCUCCAGUCUCAUUACACAGUGAUGUACAGAAGUUUCCUAAAAGAGUGGGACAGACCAGUGAUACGGAGAGUGGGCAUAGACGCAAAUACUUUCCCAAGAACAAAGGAUCAGACAAUGAAAGUGAUGUUUCUUUUUCAAGAAGAAGGAGGAGGGACGGUGACAGUGGAAGUGAGUCUGACGUGUCUCCCACGAGGAACCGCCGCCCCAAGAGUUCGGUGGAGCCAUGGUAUGAGAACCACUGGAAAGAGACCAUGCAGGGCAUGUUCCCCGCAAAUAAUGAAAGUUAUAUGAAUGGCUCUGUUCCGUCCAUUCACUCGGCUCCAGCUGGGGAAGUCAAACGACGACGGCGACGGAGAACGAAGUCCCCAGGAACGUCUAAACGUCCUCCAGAGGAACUCAAACAACACAUUGUGUACGACUUGGUGGAUACGGAAGGCAUGAAUCCAGAGGACCUGCAAGAUAUUCCUUAUGUCAAAGUGGAAACUAAAUCUGAACCUUUCAAGAUCAAGUACUCGCCUCAUGUACGACAACGUUACAGGUCACCAAAGAGAAGAGGCUUUGGGGACCAGGAUCCACAACAGCUACCUCAGUCGGGGGAGCCGCCGCCCCCCUACACCCCCUCAGAAUCCUCUCGCAGAACCCCAGAGCUGGGACUUCGGAACUAUAUGAGUGACACCAAUACACAUCACAACAGAAGAGAUUUAGAUACACAAAGCAACAAAUCUGGAUCUACGUAUAGAUCUUCUCGCCAUGCAGAGCCAUCAAAACUGAGGAAUCCAGCAAACAUGAACAGAUCGAAUGGUACACCCGAGCAGACAUUUGGUCAGAGGACUGACAGUAUGCGAAGUCAACCCCACACUUCUGCAGGGACAGCGCAGUACAGGGUCCAGAGACAACCCCGUUCUGGAUCUUCUGGUCAGCGAUACAACACCAGUGGAUACACCUCGGAUGUACAUGUAACUCAAAGCAAUCCCAGAACUAGCGGAUACAUGUCGGAUGUCAUAUCCAGUCGAUCCCGGAAUUACCAAUCAAACAAUCCCAAUGUUUACAAACUUCCGAUGACUAACACAAAAGUGAGCAACAGUCCAAUGAACGAUAUUUCCAAAGUGUCUCAGAGAUACAGAGUCAAUGAGAAUCAAUCUCGGAAUACACCAAACUCCAGACAGGAAAAUUCGCCUUACUCUAGACAGGAAAAUUCACCUUACUCCAGGAGACACAACACUGAAAAUACAUCACAGAAAGAUUAUGUGUCUGAUGUAGAGUCAUCUCAUCGUCAUCGGACCCCUGAAUCUCCUCGUAGAAACGAUUCCCAUGUAUCAAACUACAGUCGUCCUCCUCACUCCAUGUACUCUGUCACCCCUCCGUCCACAGCUGAAGUUCUUAGGACAGAUAACUCGAUGACUCACAAACAAAACCGAUCAUAUGUGGGUCAGCAGUACCCCAUUGCUCCAUCUAACCCUGAGUACGACAAGAGAACAGGCUACAAAACAAGUCAAUUAGACACUGUCAACUCACCGUUAAACUCCAGUAACUUGUCUUCCAUGGUGUAUAAUUCUUCACCUUACAAACAGACUACUCCCUCCAGUGUUCAUAUAGACAAAAACCAGCCGUCCAGUGUGUUUAGUGGAAACUCUCCCAAUACCCGGUUAUUCAGUCCUCAGCAAGUGGGUGACACUUCUAGACAGUCCACCCAGGAAAAUGUUUCAUACAGUAGUUCAGGACACCCAGCACACAGACGCACAGAGAACAAUCCCCAGCUGUAUAACGCAGGCGAAUCCCCAGUGAGGGGAAGUAAAGGUAGUACCUCAUAUAAUCAAGGACAAUCAUAUGCUAGAGAAGACAAGGAGCAAACUCACUACUAUGACCCUCGGGGACCCCCUGGUCGACAACAGCAUGAGCACUCUCCAUAUGGUGACAGAGGUCGGUCUACCAGCAGGAUUGGGCCAGACCAGCAACACUAUCAGGGGAGAUCACCCAGUACGGCCAUUCAGAAUUACUCAGCAUACAAUGGUCAUGCUGGAAUGCCGUCUAGAACUGACUUCACCAGUGCAAAUAGUUCACUGAAUACUUCACAGUUUCAUUCCCCUUGGCUUGGUAAUCAGCAAUCUCCUUCAUACUCAUCUCCAAGGAAACCUUAUCAUCCUCAUCUUCAAGCAUCUCCACGAUCAGGAUUCAGCGUCCCUUCACACAGGAGCUUGAAUCAUUCCACUUUAGAUGCUAGUGCCUUGCGGCCAGUCUAUCGAAAUCCACAAAGGCAUGACCUGGUCACAGAAAUAUAAGUGGCUUUAUAUUAUGCAUGUAUUGAGUAGAAAUCAUUUUACAUACAAGUAUGUGUUUGAUAGGCAAGAUAAUCCUUGCUUGCUCUUUGAAAGAAAUAUACUGUACAUAUUUGCAUGAAAAGAGUGUGUCAUUAUUCAUUUGAGUCUUUAUACAUGCUAAAUUUCAUUUUACAAGCAGUACUGUCAUUUUGAAAACCAAUUGUAUUUGUGAUUAUGCACCAGUGCAAUACCAAGAAUUCUCUAUGCCUACAUUUCUUAUUUUAUUGUUCAACUUAUUAACCUACAUUUCUGCUUUCAAGAAAAUCUAUACACCAUUAUUUGCCUUAUUUGCUGUUCUUAAGGUAUCCGAUCCUUAAACCCCCCAAUUUUUUUUUUCAAGAAUACAAAGCUUUGUAUCAAAUGAAAAAUAAUUAACAUACACAGUGAUUUACCCAAAGAAUUUAGAAAAUUGAUAAGAUAUUUAAGAAAUAUCUGUUAUUAGAGAUUAACACCAAUCCCUAUGAAAAAACACAUUUCUGAUAUAUAAAGUCAAUUAGAAUAUAAUUUCCAAAGAAAGUUCAUGGUGAGCCAUGGUCCUUCAAAAUAUGCAAAGAAAAGUAAAGGUCAGCAUUCAAAUUAUGAAAAUCUACAAGGGGAGACAACUCUGACAAAAAAAAAUCUAAUUCACUCUAAAUAGAUCUGGGCAUCAUCUACUCUCUCUCUGCCAUCUUUAUCUCGCUAAGAAUUAGGCAUUUUGUUUUCACAAAAGAUUUAGUGCUAUAGAUAUUACAGAUUGGAUACCUUAAAUGAAGUAAAUCCAGGCAAAAAGUUUGAAUAUAGAUUUGUUGUUUUGUGGACAGUUUUUAAACAUUUUCUACAAACAUGGUCAUUUUCAUAAUGAAUUUCAGAUGAAAACAUAAAGGUAACUGAUGUACUGUAUGAUGUUCUUGUAUAAUAAACAUAAUGAACCUGUUUGAAACACUAAUGACACAAAAAUUCAAAUUAAUUGCCUUUCAAUAUUGAAAAAAGGACAACAUAAUUGUAAUUUGAUUUAUUACUUUACAGUAUGAUUUACCCCAUCCCUGUAAACAAUUUAGCUAAUUUUCUUAUGUAUUAUUACCAAGAUGGCUAUAACAGUGGACAUAUGAACAUAUAUUCAGCUAGAUUAUAUUUUUGAAAGUCAUUUUCAACUUGAGUGAAAAUAACCAUUUUUGGAGUAAAAUGCAUAAACUUUAAUGAGAAGUGGCAAUAAAGUUUAAAUCUAUAUAUGCUUCAAGUUUCUGAUGAAAUAUUUACGUAUUGUAUGUGCUGAUUUGAUUUACAUAAUGUAUAUUUUGACUUUUUCUGUACAACAUACACGUGUUUUAUCUAUUUAUAUAUUUAUAUGGAAAUUGCAUGAUGUUCCCAACAUGUGAUAUUUUGGUGAAUACAUAAUAAAUGAUUUUGAAUUUGA